AUGGUUAGGGAUGCAGUGAGAUGGGUUAGGAACUCACCUGCAAAACUGAAAAAGUUUAGGGAUUUUGUUGAUCUCAUUGGAGUGGAAGCUAAAUCUGCUUUACAUCUUGAUAUUCCAACAAGAUGGAACAACACCUACAUUAUGCUUAACACUGCAAUUCAAUACCAAAAAGUGUUUGAAGCAUAUGAGGAAAAUGAUGCCUCAUUUUCUAGUGACUUAGCUGAAUUUCUUCCUUCUUAUCUGGAUUGGUGUUCUGUGCAAAGCUUAAUCAUUCUUCUGAAAAGCUUUUAUGAGAUAAUUUUUGUCCUUCUCUAUGGAGAAGAGAAAUGCAAAUCUUGUUUUGCCAAUGUGCAAGCUGCAAUGGUUGAGUUGUAUAAUGACUAUGCAUCCACCUACUAUGUUAGCUCAUUGCAAUCUGAAUCCUCUACUCAAUCUACUAUAGAUUUCCUAUUCUCUCCAAAAUGGCUAGAGAUGUUCUUGCAGUUCCUAUAUACACAGUUGCCUCUGAAAAGUUACUCACUAGAGCUGCUUCUACUCUCCCAACAUUGA